UUAUUCUUUAUAAUUAAAUCCCUUCACACAUUCCUAACCUAAACUCUCUCUCUCUCUCUCUCCAUAUUUUCUUCAACUCACACUAUAUACCUUCAUCAUUCACUGCACUACUUCUCUUCUUUAAACUACACUCACCAGUAAUUUGAUAUGAUGGAGUCCAUGGAGUCAUGUGUCCCACCAGGGUUUCGAUUCCACCCAACUGAUGAAGAACUUGUUGGUUAUUAUCUCAGAAAGAAAGUUGCUUCUCAGAAAAUUGACCUUGAUGUUAUCCGAGAGAUCGAUCUUUAUCGUAUCGAACCAUGGGAUCUUCAAGAGAGAUGCAGGAUCGGGUAUGAAGAGCAGAAUGAGUGGUAUUUUUUCAGCCACAAAGAUAAAAAGUAUCCAACAGGGACAAGAACUAACAGAGCUACUAUGGCUGGGUUUUGGAAAGCAACAGGAAGAGAUAAAGCAGUUUAUGACAAGAUGAAAUUAAUUGGAAUGAGAAAGACACUUGUUUUCUACAAAGGAAGAGCACCUAAUGGACAGAAAUCUGAUUGGAUCAUGCAUGAGUAUAGGCUUGAAUCUGAUGAAAAUGGACCUCCACAGGAGGAAGGAUGGGUUGUGUGUAGAGCAUUUAAGAAAAGAGCAACCAAUAGCCAAACAAAAAACACUAUUGAAAGAUGGGACACAAGCUACUUCUAUGAAGAAGCAAGUGGAAUGAGUUCCAUGGUGGAUCCAAUUGAUCUAAUCUCAAGGCAACCUCAAAGCUUUUUAGCUCAAAGUUUCAAUAUGUGUAAGCAAGAGAUAGAAGCAGAAAAUAACAACAACAACAACAGCUUGAUAAGUUGCAUGCAUGCAGACCAAUUUAUACAGCUUCCUCAGCUUGAGAGUCCUUCAUUGCCAUUAGUAAAGAGACCAAGCAUAGUGUCUCUAGUAUCAGAGAAUAAUGAUGAUAAUAAUGAUGAUGAUCAAAAGAGGUUAUUAUUAUUAUCAAACAACAAUGUUACUACUAUUACUACUACUAAUAAUAAUAAUAAUAAUAAUAAUAACAAUAAUCAAGUUACUACUGAUUGGAGAGCUCUUGAUAAGUUUGUGGCUUCUCAACUAAGUCAUGAAGAUGAAGGAGUGUUGUCAAGCUUUGGAACAAAUAUUCUUCUUCCUAACUCAGAUAUGGCAUUGAUGUUAAUGCAAGGUAGUAGGGAUGAAGGGAACAAGUUCUUAAAUGCAAGCUCAGACUGUGAUAUUGGGAUAUGCGUAUUUGAAAAAUGAAGAAAUUAUUAAGAAGAAGAAAAUAAUAAACCAUAUUUUAUUAUUUGUAUUGUACUAGUAAGUAGUAGUACUAUAUAAAUGUUUCAUGGAUAAAAAUAUAUGUUGAGAGGAGACAUAUUAUAUAUUAAUAUUUUUGUAAAAAUAUUACUAUGUUUUGUGGAAGAAUUAAGAAGUGUGUCUGCCCCUUUUGUGUGUGAGUGCAAAUUCAGAUGCAUGCGUCAAAUAAAUGGCUCUUGAAUCUAAA